GCAAGUGUGAGAAACAGCGUGUUAAUGAGGAAAUGAGUUUGUCAUGAAGAAAUGAACAGGAAGACAUUUGUCACACAGACGAGCAGCAGCAGGAUGGAGACGCUCGGCUGGAUUCUGUUCAUGUGGGCGUCUCUUUCAGAGGCCUUCAAUAUCGACACUGAACAUCCACUGAGAUUUAACGGCGCGGCAGAAGAUUUCUUUGGUUACAGCGUUUAUCAGUCUGAGUUUGAAAACAGGAAACAGAUCAUCGUUGGAGCCCCAUUAGAAAGAAACUCAACAGGUGAAAUUUACAGCUGCACAGUAGAUCUGCUGUCCUGCAGACCGCUGCACUGGCCAGGCUCAGAGAGCGUCCGGUUCUUCGGCAUGUCUACUGCUGUGUCGUCUGCUGCUGUCGGACGCUUGACUAGCUGCAGUCCGUAUCUUCCUCAUGAGUGUGACGGAAACUCAUAUCUGAACGGCAUUUGCUACCAGUUCAACAGCGGAUUACAGGCCGUCUCAAACUUUACUGCUGCUUACCAAGAAUGCACGAAAAGAGAAGUCAAUGUGGUGUUUCUCUUUGAUGGAUCCUCCAGUAUGAAAGCACACGAGUUUGAAAUGAACAAACACUUCAUUAAAGAUGUUAUGAAGAAACUUUCAAACUCAUCCAUAAAGUUUGCUGCUGUCCAGUUUUCAAAAGAGAUCAGAACUGUGUUCGACUUCAAUGACUAUCAGGACGGCUCCGCUGAAGAGAAACUCAUGAAAGAGAAACACAUGAAAUUUCUCACAAACACACACAAAGCAAUCAACUAUGUCUUAACGAAUCUCCUGAAUGACGCGUUGUCUGGAGCCGAUCUCAACGCUCAGAAAGCCCUGGUGAUCAUCACAGAUGGAGAGCCCAGUGAUAAUGAUGAUAAAAAUGUCCUCAGCAGAUGUGAUGAGCAGAAUGUCCUCCGCUACAUCAUUGGGGUGGGACAUGUUAGCUUAUCCACACUCACUCAGCUGGCUUCAGAACCAAAAAAAACCAACACCUUCUACAUUCAAAACUACAGUGGACUCGAAGGACUUCUUGACAACCUGCAAAAAAAGAUCUACAACAUUGAAGGGUCAAAGGACACACACAGCAAAGACAGACAGAAAGAGUUAUCGCAAAGUGGAUUCAGUGUCCUCUACCACAAGGACUCUGUGAUUGUGGGUUCGGUUGGAUCUAAUGACGGGCGUGGAUCUCUGUAUGAAGUGACGGGAUCAGGAUCUGGAUUCAAAGAGACCGAGAUUAAGGAUCCGUCUGUCAGUAAAGACUCGUACAUGGGUUACUCUGCUGUGCUGGGAAUGAGAGGCGGCGUCUCUCUUCUGUUCUCUGGGGCGCCGCGGGCUGAACACAUGGGUCUGGUGACCCUCUUCACCAAGAGUGAAUGCACAUGGACAGUGACGGGGAACAUCACCGGAGAACAAAUCGGGUCAUAUUUCGGAGCGUCUCUGAGUGUGUUGGAUCUGGACUCAGAUGGAGACUCAGAUUUCCUUCUGGUCGGAGCUCCGUUAUUUUAUCAGUCUCAGCCGAGGGCAGAAGGGAGGCUGUACGUCUACGCUUUAUCAGAGGAGUAUUUGCAGAAGACACUGAAUGUGAGUGAGACAAACACAGGCAGAUUUGCAGCAUCUUUGGCUUCACUAAAGGACCUGAAUGGAGACAGCCUGUCAGAUGUGGCAGUCGGGGCGCCGCUUGAGAAUGAAGGAGAGGGAGUCGUCUACAUCUACCUGGGUGAAAGGACACAUGGAAUAAACCCUGAACAUGUUCAGCGGAUCCCAGCGCAGUCGGUUCUGCCCAGUCUGCAGCAGUUUGGAGUGUCUCUGUCCGGUCAGAUGGACAUGAGUGAUGAUAAUCUGACAGAUGUCGUGAUCGGAGCACAAGGAGGGAUCGUGCUGCUCAAGGCUCGGCCUGUGAUGUCUGUAUCUGUGCAGCUCAGUUUCAGUCCCAAUGAAAUCAGUCUGAUCGACUUUGAAUGCCCAGGUGACAAAGCGUUUAACGCGUUUAAUCUCACUUCGUGUUUGACGGUGAACGAGCGGACCAGUAGCAGUGGAUCUCUCAAGAAAAACCUGAAUGUUUCUCUGAACCUGAAUGUGGACGUGAUGAGAGGAAUCAAUCGAGGAUUCUUCGUUCAGAGUGAUUCAUCGUCCAGGACUCUGCAGAAGUUCAUCCUGCUGGAUUCUGGGAUCUCCUGUUUCAGCUUCCCCAUCUUCAUGAAGCGCUGCACUGCCGACACAGUGUCUCCUCUGAAGAUACAAAUUAAUUUUUCACAAACCAAGAUGUUUUCUGAAAGCUCCAUGGCUAUUCUUGACAUCCACAGCAGGACGGAGGAGUAUGUCGAGGUGCCGUUUCAAAGGAACUGUAAUUCAAACAACAGCUGUGUGGCCGAUCUGAAGAUGAACUUCAGUUUUAUGAACGACCCGUUACUGGUGAUGAAUCAAGCUCAGUUCACUGUCCUCGUAUCGCUGGCCAACCCAGGUGACGACUCCUUCAACACCAGCAUAGUGAUGCACUACCCAGAAGGCCUAUUGCUCUCGAAAUUUGACACCGUUAAGCCCAGCCGGACUCGAAGCAGCUGUGGUGAUCGUGACAGUGGGGCUACGAACAGAACCACCUGCAGUAUCAAUCUACCAGUGUACCGCAGCGGCACCACGACUCAGUUUCUGGCAACCUUUCGUGUGAAACGGGAUUACGACUGGGCCGACAGGAUGGAGAUGAUGAUCACCGCUAACAGUGAUAACAAUGGAAACAUCAGCGAUACGGUGGUGAGGAGGAGCGUCCCGGUUCAGUUCGCCGUUGAUCUGGCGAUCAGUCUAGUGGCUGAAGACUCUGUGAAGAAUCUGAACUUCUCUUUGGAGGACAGAGGUCCAAAACCUCUCAACAUCACCUACAAGGUGGAGAAUCUGAGUUUCAAAGGUCUGCCGGUGUCGCUCAAACUCAUCUUGCCCUGUGAAACUACAUAUGGGAUUUUAACCCCUCAGACCUUCAGCAUGCAGGAGAACUCUUCAGUGCCAUACAAGUUCACCAAACCACAGGACGGUCACUGCGGGAAGUUUGAGUGUGGUCAGUUUGAUCUGCAGAAAUCUUCAGAAGUUCACUUCACCCUGACGGCACACGCAGCUCUCCAGAACGUGAAGCAAUACGAGAGCAAACACUCCUUCCACGAGUUCAGAGAGGAUUUUGUCUUCGACAUCAGUGCCGAGCUCCACUUCAACAGAAGCCGCUACAACCAGACGUCAACCGGCCUGAAGGAUGACCCUCACAAAUCACAGACUACAGUGAGGGCGGAGUUUGUCGUUCCACCCAGUAAAAUGCUGAUCGUCGGCACUGGCGCAGGGGGCGGGUUUAUCCUGCUCAUUAUCAUAUUGAACCUGCUGGUGAAGUGUGGGUUUUAUAACCAAAAGCAUCCUGAAGUGUAUGAAAAUGUGACAGUACAUCUCACGAAAUUCAAGAAAACAGAGGAAUCUGAGUCUGCUUGAUUUGGAGGCUUCAAAGCUGAAGAUUCUUCCUUUUUUUAAUGCCGUUGUAUGAUAAUGUCUUGUGAUUUAAUUUGUACUUUAUUUAUAAUAAUCUUUUUUUCUUUAAUCUCAAAUCUGUUCUGUAAAUAACCUUCAUACUGAAUAUCAGUAGUCAUUUUAAGAAGUGAAAAAACAGUCAAUCAUAGUAUAAAUAAAUGAGUUAGUUGAAUUGGA